AUCAAUCCUCUGUUUACCUCUUCUCUUUUCUAUUACUUUACUCUAGGAAAAACAAAAGUUCAUAAUGUCUUCCGUCUCUCUCUCCUCUCAGAGCCCCCCACCUUUCUUUCUUUCUUUCUUUCUUUAAGGAACAGGCCCAAUCUUCAAUCUUUCUGAAACUCAUCUCAUACCUCUCUCUCUCUCUCUCUCUCUCUCUCUCUCUCCCCCAAAGCAAUGAGGUCCAAAACUCAAUCUCCCAUUCACAUCAAGCUCAUCCUCAUUUGUUUCUUCUUCCUCCUCCUCUCUCUUCUCAUCAUCUGGUCCAAUUUCACAUCUUCUCACACAAAUUCAUCGCCCAAACCAGAAACCUACCUGGCCAACUCUACAAGCUUGCCUCCUGAUGAGCAAGAACAAUCUUCCUCUUCCUCUUCUUCUUCUUCUUCUUCUUCUUCUUCUUCUUCUUCGUCCUCUUCCUGUCCAUCUCUUCCCUUAAACCCAACAUGCAACAAAACCCCACCUUCCUUGGCCAAUGCUCUCGUCCACUAUGCAACAACAAACAUCACUCCUCAACAAACCUUGAAAGAAAUCUCUGUAACGUUAAGAGUUUUGGAGAAAAAAUCACCAUGCAACUUCUUAGUGUUUGGCCUCGGCCAUGACAGCUUGAUGUGGACAUCUCUGAACCAUGGUGGUCGCACAGUUUUCCUUGAAGAAGACAAGUCCUGGAUAGAGAAGAUCAAGAAGAAAAUACCCAGUUUAGAAUCUUACCAUGUGAGCUACGACACCAAAGUACAUCAAGCAGAUGGGCUGAUGGAGGCUGGAAUGGGAGAAGAAUGCAAAGUGGUGAGUGAUCCAAGAUUCUCCAAAUGUCAACUUGCUCUCAAGGGGUUCCCUAGUGAUGUUUAUGAUAUAGAAUGGGACUUGAUCAUGGUGGAUGCACCAACUGGGUAUCACGAUGAGGCGCCGGGGAGGAUGACGGCGAUUUACACGGCGGGGUUGAUGGCGAGGAAUAGAGAGAGUGGAGAGAUUGACGUGUUUGUUCAUGAUGUGGAUAGAGUGGUAGAAGAUAAGUUUUCUAAAGCGUUUCUUUGUGAAGGUUAUAUGAGGGAGCAAGAAUGGAGGCUAAGGCACUUCACUAUUCCUAGCCAUAGGACUCGUUCGGGCAGACCCUUUUGUCCUUAGAGUUAUAGUAGAGAGUGUCAUACCCAAAAGAAGAAACUGCACUAUCUAUUAGGCACAAUCCGGGGUAAUGGUACCCCUGCAAUUCCCAUCGCAACAGAUCCAUAACCUCACUUAUCGGAGCUUCUAAUAUCUGCAGCUCAGGAGAACUGGUGACAAUUAGAUUUACUAGCUUAUCAGCCACCUGAUUGGCUUCUCUGUAAUAUUGUGUAAUUCGAACCUCCCAAGACCAAUGACAUAGGUCUCUGAACUGAGACAACAAGUCUAAGAAAACUGUAUUGGAGGCAACCCCAGCACCCUGCAGCAAGUCAAUA